AAUUGCUUUUUCAAAAGAAGGAACAGACAAGAAAGGCAAAGGUCAAUAUGUUCAGCUUUCUUUUCUAACUAUCCAACAAAACCAAAAGCCUUCAACAACAGCAACAACAUAGAAGAAACCAAAUACCACAUCCCAACCCAAAUGCUUUCACAGGAAAAUCCCCAGGCUGAACAAUGAGAGACAUCACUAAGCUCCAAUGUUUCACCAUUCUCUGCCUCACUUUCUUCCCCACCAGAGCCUUCUCUGUUGACACCUUAACUUCAACUCAAUCUCUCACAAACAACCACACCCUUGUCUCAUCUCCAGCACAGGUUUUUGAGCUGGGUUUCUUCACUCCUGACAAUUCAAGAUGGUACUUUGGAAUAUGGUACAAGAAAAUCCCAGUUAGAACUUUUGUUUGGGUUGCAAACAGAGACCAACCACUUUCAAACCCAUCAAACACCUUCAAGUUUGGUGACCAAGGAAGCAUCGUUGUUGUCAAUGAAUCUGGGUCCAUAUUUUGGUCCUCAAAUCAAACACAAGCUGUUCAUCCAGUUGUGCAGCUUUUAGAUUCAGGGAAUCUUGUAGUCAGAGAAGAGAGCAACACAGAUAAGUAUCUCUGGCAAAGCUUUGAUUAUCCUACGGACACUUUGUUAACAGGCAUGAAGCUAGGGUGGGACUUAGACGCCAAUAUGGAUCGGUACUUGACCUCAUGGAAUAACCCGAAUGACCCUUCAACUGGGGCAUAUUCUUUCAAGCUAGAUUUCCAUGGAUUCCCAGAAAUCUUUUUGUGGAACAAUCAAAAACGAGUAUAUAGAAGUGGGCCUUGGAAUGGGCUAAGGUUUAGUGGGGUGCCUGAAAUGGAGCCUCUGGAUGGUCUCAGUUUUGAGUUUGCUAAUGAUCAGCAUAAGGUAUAUUAUUCAUUUUCAGAAACAAAUGCGUCUCUGAUUUCUCGUUUGAUUAUGAAUUCAACCGGCUAUCUUCAACGAUUUGUGUGGAUUGAAAGUAGCCAAUUGUGGAAUUUAUUUUGGUAUGCUCCUAAAGAUCAAUGUGAUGACUAUAGUUCAUGUGGUCCGUAUGGAAUGUGUGACACAAAUGCGUCACCAGUAUGCAAGUGUGUGAAAGGUUUUGCACCAAAGAAUUUGCAAGCAUGGAAUUUGAGAGAUGGGUCUGAUGGGUGUUUGAGAAACACAUCAUUGGAUUGUGAGAAAGACAAAUUCUUGCCGUUGAACAAUAUGAAGUUGCCAGAUAGUACAACUGCUUUUGUGAACAAGUCCAUGAGUCUUACUGAGUGUCAGGAAAUGUGCUUGAAGAAUUGUUCUUGUACUGCUUAUGCUAACUAUCAGAUUACUGGUCAAGGAGUUGGUGGGUGUGUGAUUUGGACUGAUGAGCUUUUGGACAUGAGGGUAUAUGCAGAAGGCAGUGGCCAAGAUCUCUAUGUUCGAUUAGCAGCUUCUGAAAUAGAUAAUGUUGCAAGUGUGGGCUCUGGAAGUGGUUCUGACAAGACAAAACAAAUAAUCGUGGUUAUAGCCAUUACAGUUGGUACUGUCAUUGUACUAUCAGGAUUGAUUGCCUGCUUUCUGUGGAAGAGAAACUUAUUGCAAAGCUUACAGAAAGGAAAGACAGAGCAAAGAGGUCUUCCUGAAAGAAGCCAGGAUUUACUAUUAAAUGAAGUGGUCAUUUCAAGUAAGAAAGAGUACUCAGGUGAAAGUAACUUAGAUGAGCUAGAAUUGCCAGUUUAUGAUUUUGGUACCAUUGCAAUAGCAACAGGCAACUUUUCUGAUGAAAAUAAACUAGGACAAGGUGGUUUUGGCUGUGUUUACAAGGGUAGGUUGGUAGAAGAUGAAGAUAUAGCAGUAAAGAGGCUCUCUAAGACCUCUGGGCAAGGAAUGGAAGAAUUCAAGAAUGAGCUUAAAUUGAUUGCAAGACUCCAGCACAGAAAUCUUGUUCGAUUGCUGGGUUGCUGCAUUGAGACGGAUGAAAAGAUUCUAAUUUAUGAGUACAUGGAAAACAAAAGCCUGGAUUCUAUCCUAUUUAAUAAAGCAAAAUGCUCCUUAUUAGAUUGGCCAAGGCGCUUCAACAUUAUAUGCGGGACUGCUCGAGGGCUUCUUUAUCUUCACCAAGAUUCUAGAUUUAGAAUCAUCCAUAGGGAUAUGAAGGCAAGCAACAUUCUGUUAGAUGGAGAAAUGAACCCAAAAAUAUCAGACUUUGGUAUGGCUAGAAUUUUUAGUAAGGAUCAAACAGAAGCAAAUACAAGGAGAGUCGUUGGAACAUAUGGCUAUAUGUCUCCUGAAUAUGCAAUGGAUGGGCUCUUCUCAGUGAAAUCUGAUGUUUUUAGUUUUGGUGUUCUAGUAUUGGAGAUUAUAAGUGGUAAAAAGAACCGAGGUUUUUACUACGCUAACAAUGAACUAAACCUUCUUGGACAUGCAUGGAAUCUGUGGAAAGAAGGAAAUGCUUUGGAACUAAUUGAUUCAUCUAUGCAUAAUUCAUAUUCCCCGUCUGAAGUAAUGAGAUGCAUACAGGUUGGCCUAUUAUGUGUCCAGGAACGAGCAGAAGAUAGGCCUAACAUGUCAUCUGUGGUCUUGAUGUUGAGUAGUGAAACCGCAACAAUGCUCCAGCCUAAACAGCCUGGUUUUUGCCUAGGAAGAAAUCCAGCUGAAACUAGUUCAUCUUCUAGUAGGCAAGAAGAAUCAUUCACAGUAAACCAAGUUACAGUUACAAUGCUUGACGCCAGGUAGUGAAAGGUAAAGGCCGAGUCUGGCAUGUUUGUAUAUCUCAUACACUUCAGAAAUUUUGUGUACAUCGUCUGUGAUUUUUUUUCCCCCACAGUUUUGAGCAUAAUCAACCUUCUUUUAUUUAA